AUGGCUUCAACUUCAAGGACAGUCACGCGAACACACUGGGGCUUGGAGUUUAUGGUGAAGCACAGCGAAAAAGCCAGUGUCCAGCAAUCUGAACAGCCAUGUGCAGGAGGUGUUUGGAGUGAGGUAGUGAGACUGGUGGAAGCCCUGGCUGUCCUGGCCUGGAUCUGCUGCUGCAAAUCAGGAGAGGCAGGGACACUUGUGAAGAUGGCUACUGACCCCAGAGAAGUGCUCGGUCUGAGGUCUAUGGGAAAGGCUUCGGGUUUUGGCAGAUCAGGAGUGGAGCACGUCCACCGCCAGGCCCUGAGAAGCACCUCAUCACGGUCGGUGCUCAUUAAACACAACAGCUUCACUGUUGGGAGUGGUGCCAGUUCAAAGGCAAAGUCUGUGAAGGUUCUGAAUGCCCUGGAGGAGGAGGAGGAGAUCUUCGUUGUGCCACCUGACAGUGCCUCAGGUGACUUCACUGAUGAGGACUCAGGGGACAAAGUUGGCCAGCGAGGCUUCCACUUGCCCGGCAGCGUCCUGCAUGCCUCCCUGGUGCCUGAGGACUCUGGUGCAGAGGAGAAGGAGGAGGAGGAGGAGGAGGAGCUGCAGCUGUAGCUGGCCCUGAAGAGACAGAGGGCAGUGGUGGAGCCUUGGCAUAUUUGGACCAAGAGAGAGUCGGAUGCUGACUUCUGCAGCUGGACUGCAUCCGAUCCUCACAUAGAGGAUCUCAAGAGCCAGGAACUGAGUCCUGUCAGCCUCUUUGAGUUGUUUUUUGAUGAAGGAACAAUUCAUUUCAUUGUUAAUGAAACCAACUGUUAUGCUUGGCAGAAAAAUGUCAACCUGGGGCUCACAGCCCAGGAAUUAAAGUGUGUUCUGGGCAUUUUGAUUUUAAGUGGGUAUAUAUCCUAUCCAAGGACAAGGAUGUUUUGGGAAACCUCUCCUGAUUCCCAUCAACAUCUUGUGGCUGAUGCAAUCAGAAGGAACAGGUUCGAAGUGAUCUUCUCCUAUCUGCAUUUUGCAGAUAACAAUGAGCUGGAUGAAAGUGAUAGGUUUGCCAGAGUCAGGCUUCUCAUCGUCUGGAUGAAUUAUAAUUUCCAGAAGCACGCACCCUUGGAAGAGUUCUACAGCUUUGGUGAGUCCAUGUGUCAGUACUUUGGGCACCGGGGAUUCGAGCAGCUACCUGCAGGGAGGCCCAUGCAGCCGGGCUACAAGAUCUGGUGUAGGACAUCCAGCAGGGGCUACCUGGAGUGGUUUGAGCCCUCACAGGGCACGCUGUUCACCAAAUCAGACAGGGGUCUGGACCCAGGAGGCAGUGUGGUGGUGAAGUUUGUGGAUGCGCUUCAGGAGCGUGGCUGUCGGCCUUACCACAUAUUUUUCAACAAGGUUUUUACAAGUGUCAAACUCAUGUCCAUUUUGAAGAAAAAGGGGGUGAAGGCCACAGGAACUGUUCAUGAGUAUAGGACUGGGCAAUGUCCCCUCGAAGAUCCCAAAGAACUUAAGAAAAUGAAGAGAGGUUCAUUUGAUUAUAAAGUCGAUGAGAGCGAGGAGAUUAUCGUGCGCCGCUGGCAUGAUGGCAGUGGGGUCAACAUCUGCUCCAAUGCUGUGGGCAUAGAGCCGGUGGGGCUGACCAGCCAUCCUUCGGAAACAGCCAAAACGCGGACCCAGGUCCAUCAGCCCUCUCUGGUGAAGCUGUACCAGGAGAGGGGUGGUGUCAGUCGGAUGGACCAGAACAUUGCCAAGUACAAGGUGAAGAUCCGGGGCAUGAAGUGGUAUUCAAGCUGCAUUGGCUAUGUCAUCGAUGCCGCCCUGGAUAAUGCCUGGCAGUGGCACAGGAUCUGCAGCCGUGAUGCCCAGGUGGACCUCCUGGCCUUCCGGAGAUAUGCGGCCUCUGUGUACCUAGAGAGCAAUGCUAACAUGUCCUCGCAAGGGAGGCGAAGCAGGCGGCUAGAAACUGAGAGCCACUUUGACAUGAUUGGGCACUGGAUUGUCCACCAGGACAAGAGGACCCAGUGUGCCCUCUGCCACUCACAGACAAACACGCACUGUGAAAAAUGCCAGAAGGGUGUCCACGCCAAGUGCUUCAGGGAGUACCAUAUCCAGUGA